UCUCCUCUACUCUUGAAUGGCUGUUGACAGUGAAGUGAAAACAUCAAGGUGUAUACGUCGCAUUCUUAAUCACGAAGUAAUCCAGUGCAAAAUGCUUUUCUACCGAAGUUUAAUGUUCGCUCUUUUUAUGGCUAUUUCAGUAUACCAGGGGAGUGCUCAAUACGCCAAAGCUUGCUGGACGGAUUCCGACUGCGUUGUUUCCUGGUACCACUCCCCUGCACCUCAACGAUGCAUCAACAACCGCUGUGAAUCGGUAAAUAUUUUCGACGGGUGCGAUGACUUCGAGCGUAAAACUGGAAUCAAGGCUCAGCGGGUUUGAAGCGCUCUAUCAAAAUGCUGAAACGAGGACGUUUGAGACAGCUGUAUUCAGGGAGUUGUAACACGGGAGUUAGAAAGAAAGUUGGUGCUACGCAAAAAUACGCAAUCUUUGCGCUAUAGGUAAUCUAACCUGCUAACUUAUUUAUAGGAAUGACUUAAUUCUUAAAAAUGAAUUUUCGAAAAAUUGUAAGUACUAGUGAUGGGAUUCCUUUUGUACAUUAAAGCGACUUAUCAAGCACUUA